CUUGUGUGGAUCUAACACCUUAUGUGUGUUUGAAGAACAGUGAGGCACAAUGUGGAUUAUUCUUUUUUUCCUCACACUCGUCUGGUUUGCAGAGACCCAAGCUGGUGGUCGUGGGUCAUCAAACCAAGGGAAAAGUAGCGGCACUGCUGGUCCUCUCCUACCCAUUGUUAGGGACUCUUACCCAACCAGCUCUGCAACACUAAAACCCACAGUUUCACAUAAAAACUGUCGUUUUGUCCUCGAAGAGUGUCUAGAAGGUGAUGUCCCAUGGACCAGGUGUUAUGAGGACAGAAUUGCAAGCUGUGUAUUAGGACGAAUCUUUAUACCAGGCUUCAUCCAUGUGAGAGUGAACUCAUCCCAAGAGGCUGAAGAAAGUCCCACUUAUAAUCACAAGGUUCACAUCCCAUCCUCAGCUCUCCGAAAAAGCAGAGGAGGUGCGUCUGAGGAGGAGGUACUGCUGGUGGUCUCUGUGAUCAACAGCACUUACUUCAAGCUGAGUCCCCCUCCAACAAUGAGAAGGGGAAGGUUAAUCAUACCCACCCCGCCUAUCCACAGGCAAGGCACUGUUAUGGGAGAUUUAGUCCUGGCAGUAAAGGCAGGGAACUAUGCUGUCAGAAACCUCUCACAACCCAUCAAAUUAACCUUCACACACAAUAAACAGGCGGUUGUUGGGACCUGUGUGUUUUGGCAGGAGUCAGAGCAGGAGGAUGGAACAGGUCACUGGAGCACAGAAGGUUGUGAUACCAGUGACACUGGAACGGAAUUUGUUUGCAGCUGUAACCACCUGAGCUUCUUUGCUGUGCUUGUGAACCCUGCAUUAUCAGUGGAUGAAACUAAUGCUGUGACCCUAAGCUACAUCACCUACAUUGGAUCUGCUCUCUCCGUCAUCUUCACAGUCAUCAGCUUGAUCAUCUAUAUAUGCCUACAGCGGCGGCGUCCAGAGAAGGCCAUCGGCGUGCAUAUGCACCUAACAGGGGCGGUGCUCUGCCUCCACCUCGGCUUCCUGCUGAGCUGCUUCUGGGUGCGUCUGGUGAAUGAGACUGAGGAGGGCUGGGUUUGUCGGGGUCUGGGUCUCUUUUUACACUGGUCCAUGCUGGCCACCUUCAGCUGGAUGGCUCUGGAAGGAUUCCACCUCUACCUUCUCCUAGUCAGAGUCUUCAACAUCUACGUCAGGAGAUACCUGCUCAAACUCAGCUUGGUGGGAUGGGGUUUUCCUACACUGACUGUGGUGGUUUGUGGGAUUGUGGGUGUUUAUGGCAAAUACAGUCUGGAAGUGAGCGACAACAACAACCAGAAUUCAACAGCGCAGAUAUGCUGGAUGAGCAGCCAGUUCCCACAGAGGCUUUUAGUCAGCUACAUCACUACUGUGGCCCUCCCGUGCCUGGUGAUACUGUAUAAUUCCUGCAUGCUGGGGCUGGUGGUGUUUAAGCUCUGGGAGCUGAGGAGAGACCGUGGAGGCACUGAGAGCAGCAGUAGCUGGAAGAAGGUGAACAAGGAGAAAGGGAGCAGGCUGUGGAAGGACUGUGCCACAGUGCUGGGUCUCAGCUGUGUGCUGGGCUUACCUUGGUGGUUAGCGAGCACCACCUACAUUUCCCUCCAUGGGAUCUAUGUGUUCACUAUAAUAAACUCCCUGCAGGGUGUAUUCUUGUUCCUGUGGUCCUUGGCUUUGACCUGCAAGUCUCGACCUGACAGUAACUCCUCAGUCAGAGACACUUCUUCCUCUCAGAAAAUGAUGACUACCAGUUUCAAUAACUGAUAUUCACAGCUAAAACAGACAUAUUAUCUAUUGCCUAUAUUAGGUGUUUACUGGACUCUGGUCAUAUGCAGUUAAAUAAUAAUUAACAAUAACGAUAUUAGCUGAAGUCUUGCGAUCUUAAAUGAAAAAUGCAAAGAAAAUCAUGCAUCAUGAACAGUAACCCCUUUUAAUUAUUUAUUGUUACUACAAUUAUGUAUAUAAUUAUCAAAUAUAUAGACAAGCAAAGCUUAUCAACAAUUUGCUGUUGAAUCACUGAAUAAAAAAUUCCCUGAUUGUCUUUUCUGCAAUAGUGAGCACUAUAAUACACAUCAUGAUCAGAAAGACAACUUUGUUAAAGCAGCAACUAUUAAAGACGUGUGUUUUCUGGGGAUAUUGGUCUCUCUGA